GCCGGCGGUGGCGGGCGCGCGGUGGAUUGUGGGAGUUUAUCUGGCCUUGCUUGCACUCGCUUGAACGGCUGCUGGAGCCUGACAAAAAUUCUUGGAGAAAUUACAUCCCUGUAGUUUAUGAAAUCGUCCAUCUUUUAGACCAAGUUAGACAGUGAAACAACUUUUUUAGAACUUCUACUAACCAAGAAAGAACUUCUAGCCUGCUUUGACCGGUAUUGAAAUAGACAUUCUCUUGUGCCAAAAUGGCAAGUUUUGGCAGAGGCCAGAGCAAUCAAAUGCGUACUAAGAGGAAGAGUCGUUUUCAUGAUGCAGAUGCUGGAGGUCUUGCUGCAGGUCCACCUCUGAAUAUCCAAGCAGCUCUUGGGACAUUGUGCCAGAAUCCACACUUGGCUGGCUUAAUAAAUUCUGGACAGGGCCAGAGUUAUGGCCUUCAUGGUGCAGGACAGGGUCAGAACUUUGGCUUACAAGGUGCGGGACCGGGUCAGAACUUUGGUCCGCAAGGUAUGGGACAGGGGCAGAACUUUGGCCCGCAAGGUGUGGGACAGAGAUCUAAAGGUUUGAUGUCUUCAGCUGGUGGGCCCUCACGAUACAGCGAUACUGCUAGCAGUAGCUUGCCUUCCUUGUUUGGAGUUAGAAAUCAGAAUCAACAAUCUCAUGCUGUUCAGAAACAGAUUGAUGCAGACAGGGCCAGUAAUAUUCUAGCUGCAUUUGGUCUUUCAUCCAGAGAUUUGGAUGAACUGAGCCACUACCCUGAAGAUAAGCUUACACCUGAAUCCUUGCCAGAAAUUCUUACGGAGAUAAAGAGGAGACGAGCUAAUGAAGGAACAGCUUCAAAAUACAACAGAGGUGAUGGUUCUUUACGACAUGACCGUUCCUACAGAGCCUCCCAUGAUGACUGGGAGGAAGAAAGACACUUUAGGAAACGUAAUUAUGGAAGUCGUGACUCCAGUCUUGACUCAGUGAUUGAAUAUAGCCACGGUCAUUCUUCUCGAGAGUCAAGUUCUAGAUAUGACCGGAAGGACUACGAGCGUGAACGAUUAAGAGGCAAUGAUGAUUUCUCCGGAGAGGAUAUGCACCUCUCUGACCCUUCACACAAUUUCAAUAAAUUUGAUUCUGAUUAUGGAAGAGCUGCUCGUCUUCCUUCUCCUCGUACACAUGAAAGGUCUCUCUUUGAGAGAAAACGAGGAUCUCCUUCAUUGAACAACAUAAACGAUUACCAUGGUUUCUUGCCAGCAGUAUUCCCCUACUUGUGCUCGCUGUGUGAUCUAACCAUUCAUUCUGUACAGGAUUGGAAUCAGCACAAAAAUAGUACAACACACCGACGGCUUUGUGACCUCCUUGUGGAAAUAUAUCCGGAAUGGAACCCAGAUGCCUUUCCACCCCAAAUGGCCGAUCCGCUGGUUUUACAGUCAACAAACCUGGCACCAGGUAUUCUGGGUCCCCCACCAUCUGGAUCCUUCCUUGCAUCCAACAGAGGCAUGGGAGGAAUGGAACCCCAUGGGGCAUCCAGUCGCAAAGGUGCUAUGGAUAACAAGCAAGGGAACAAUGUUCAGAGGCUAAAGAAGCCACCCAGAAUGAAUGUGAACGAAGAACCUGGGCGAGUAGUUCACAUUAGUGAGUUGCAGCGAGGUAAAUGUAUGAAUCGUGACCUGAUCAAGCUGGCUGAACCUUUUGGGAAGGUUACAAACUACUUGUUGAUAAAGUCAAAGGGUGAGGGAUUUGUGGAAUUGGCUUAUCCUGAAGCGGCUCAAGCCAUGGUCAAGUUUUACCAGAUGAAACCUACCUUUGUUGAUGGCAAUGUCAUCAGAGCAGAACAUUCUCAGAAAUACAAAAAGUUGACUAUAAAGGGCAAAGAAAGUGAAGAGCGUAGCCGAGUGGUCCACAUCAGCAACUUACCUUCUGUUGGCUACACUGAUUCAGAAAUUGUAUGUCUUGGUAUUCCCUUUGGAAAAGUGACCAACUAUCUACUGAUGAGAGUUAAAAAUCAGGUUUUCCUGGAAAUGGAAACACACGAAAUAGCAAUGGCCAUGAUUGAAAAGUUCAAGAAAAUACCUCUAAUGUUUCAUGGCAGAGAGCUGAAAGUUUAUUUGUCUCAAAAAUACAAAAACCUAGUAUUGAGGAAACAAGGCAAAGGAGUUGAUGAACUGUUAAGAAACAGAGAGCGGGAAAACCGGAAAAGAGGUCGUUCUCACAGCCCUCCUUCAAAAAGAGCACGAUCACCCAGCAAUAAGAGAAAGGCUCAAGAUAAAUCCAAGAAUUCUAAGGAAACAGACAAUGAAAGUACACAGAUGGGUUCUCCUUCAAUGGAGGAGAACAAAAAUCCCAAGCAGGUGGAAGGAGAGAAUAUUGCAAAAAUAAAGUCACAGGGUAGCCCCUCCUCAGACACUGAAAACUAUGAGGAAGGUGGAGAAGACUUACUGUUGACGUAUGAUGAAUCAAUGAAGGCCAAGUCUGAACCUGGUGACAGAGAGGAUGAUAUGGAGAUGGAAUUAGAACCAGAUAUGGAAGUUGGGCACUUCAACGAAUGUGAAACUAAAGAGGAGUCUGAUGAUGGAGAACUGGGUUCUCAAAUUUCAACACAAUUAUCUGAGAAGAGAUCAGAAGGCAUACGGUGUCCAGAAUAUAUGGAUGAAAUUUUUGCCCUCGAUGAGGUUGAUGAUCCGCAUGGUAUCUCGGCUCAGAAAAUAAAUAAAAUCUGCCCAGACAAAAUGGAUGCUGAUGUCAGCAAAGGUGAACAAGAUGCUGAAAGACAAAGUUAUGAUCUAAGAAACAGUAUGGAUGAAAACACUGAAGUUGAUAUAAAAACAAGCGAAGAAGCAAAGGGAAACAGUUCCACAACAUUCGGAGAACCAUCAAGUGAACAGAUCCAGGCUCUCUCUCCUCUUCCAGAUGAAUACAAGCUUGGGCCGUAUAAACCCAACAAUCCUGUAGGGUUAGAUUAUGUGGUUCCAAAAACUGGCUACUAUUGCAAACUCUGCUGUCUCUUCUACACAAGUGAGGAGACAGCAAAGCAGACUCACUGCGGCACCAUUGAUCAUUACCAGAGACUUAAGAAAGCACUGGCCAAGCAAGCUAUGGACUACUGGAGAGAAAAGCAGCAGCAAAUCAUUCAGGAGUAACUGAACAAGAUCCUAACAACCAGUGAGAAGCAUAAUUCCAGUAUUACCCAAAACAUUGAAUGCAAACAGAUAAUCCAGAUGUGGUCUUUUGCAGUUUAUAAACUGGAAACAUUUACAUGAGUAUCGUGCUCUAAUGUUGAAAAACUUAGGGCUAUAAGAAAGUUUGAGUUUUGAAACAUUGAUGAUAUGUCACAACUUUCAUGUUCAUGUUUCUUUUUAGUUUUGAAGCUUCACUAAGCGUAACUCCAAUUGCAGCAAACCACAUAUCCCUCAACCAUGAAAUCCAGGUCUCAAUGCUUCAAUCUGAUUAUCCUUUAGUGAUGAUCUUGAACACAGUAUCGUCUCUUACUAUGAGCUGCUUCUCACCACUACUUACAUUUUUUUAAAUAUAAAACAGUGAUGACGCCUUCAGUGCUAACAAUAUGAAGCUUCAAAACUCUUUGUAAAAGGUUGAUUUGUUAACUCCUGUAUAAAAAGAAAAACUCAAUGCAUCUAACAUGUAUCUGGUUAAACAUCUGGAAUUGGUUUGUGGAGAGAUAAAGUGCUAGUUAUGUUUUGUUGAGCUAAUAUAAAUGUUAACAAUGUAACUGGUAGUGACAGAAAAAGUAAAAUACCUUUUAGACAGAAAUCCAUUUUGAGAAAUGAAUGAAAGGUUAAAUGAAAAUGAAUCCCAUCCAUCAUUGUCCCUUUGCUAGUUUAAAUUGGAAUAUUGAGUUGUGUAAGUUAUGUUUUCAAUUGUAAAAGCAUAAGUAGGGAGUUUGUAAUCUGGAUUGUGAUAUAUUGGACCAACACUGACAUCGAUCCAUCUCAACCUAAACUAAGCAAAUGUUUUUGAGGGUUUUCCCUUAACACACCUAUAAACAUUGGAAAAAUACAACACAUUCUAUUUUCUUGUCUUAAAAUACUUGUUUCUUCAUUCAAUUCAGUGAAUUUCCAUCUACAUGUAGGAAUUAUUGUCACCCUGAAGCAUAAAUUAGCUCUAAGAAAUGUCAUUGUCUGGGCAAUCUACAUGUACAAAGUGCAGCAUACUUGAGGUUGUUUGGCCUCCACCCAUCUCCAUGGAUUAGCAGUAAUUCAUGUUUUUCUGUGGAUGUUCAUUUUUUUUUUUUUUUGGAGAAUAAAGUUAUGUACAGUAAGUACUCUACCAUUUUUACUUUUGUAAGCAUGCUAUAUUACCAUAUCCAACACUUGAUGUGAUGUUAGGUAAACAUGCAGUUAGUUAUAAUUUAUAGCAAACUCUUAAUCUGCAAUGAAGAGUCUUUUACAAAUAUCAUUCUUGGUCAUAUGAAUUUUGUUUAAACCAGAUCUUAUUUAGCUCAGUUUACUGACUACUGUAUGUGCAGUUUUCGUUAGGACCAAUGAAUCAGUUAAUGUAACAGCCUUUUUUUGCGGCACAUAACCAUAAUUGUAGAAGGUUUGGUCAGUGAUUGAAUAGUGGAACAGUUUUAUUUUAAGAUCUCUAAUGUAUGAAUUUUAAACUGUACAUGAUGCUGCAGUUUCCGUUAACUUGUCAAGUCCUAAAGUGAUAUGUGGCAACCUCACCGAAUCUAGGUGAAUCAACAUUCUAAAUCUGGAAUGCAAUAAAAAAUGUGUAUUUUGGAAGUCCCCAUUAUUGAAUUUUGUAGACUGAAGUAGAUUCUUUCAGGACACUAUCUAGACUCUGGUAUGUGCACUCCAUUUGGCUUCUUUAAAUCUUUGUACCUUAAUUCAAUCAUACAGAUUGCAGCAAGAUAUCUGACAUGCAUGGUGAAAUCAGAGUCUCCAUACAACAUGACUGCUUUAGAGACUUUAGAUAUUAGGAUUAUACCUGCAUGAAAACCCACAGAGACAGAAGUGGAAUGGAUAAGUGAGGGUUUUUUUGCCAACUUUAUUUCACUAGAUUGUAUGCUGCAUUCGAUGUAUGAACUUGCCAAAUGGAUAAUAAGUAAGAGGCAUGAACUACUUUGGUCAUUUCAGAUAUCACAUUAUCCAAAGUCUUGUACAAUUGCAGCUCAGUUUUAGAUAUUCAUGUUACUAAUGCAUCAGUGGUGUCAUGCAUGGACUCAGAAAGGUCACUGUGUAAAUUCUUGCAUAUUGUGUUGUAAAGAUAUUCUAAAUAUUUUGCCAUUAAUAAAAAAUUUGAAAAUUCCAAGGGAACCAAAAUAACUCAAAAUAACAGUUUGACACCAUUGGAGUAAUUAAGCCUCAGACAUCUGAUUUUUUUUGUUGGUUGCACAUUUUCUAAAUACCGUCUUGUGGUUUAUUUAGAAAGUAGAAAAUUUAAACAGAUAUUUUAAAAACAUUUUAACUGUCUAUGCGGAACAUACAGUGGCGUACUGAAAGUCUAAUACCUCACAGAAUUAUUACAAAAGCUAUGAUUAUUGUGUUUUGCUGUUGAUAAGGUGUCAAAGAUCAGAUUUGAGAACAUUAAGAGGUUUCUGUCUCACUGUCCUAAAUUUAUAUAAAGUGACUUGUUUUCAGUUUGCCUCAGAGUCAAAACCAGAUCCUUGUCUUCAUUUGCAGUUGAACUCAAAUACUUACUUUUGCAUUUCUAAAAGCAAGCCUGCUUGUCUGUUAGAUCUACCAGUGUAUUUAGUAAACUUCUGAGAGAUGGUGUUGGUAUUUAAAGUAUUCAGACAUACUAAAUCAUUGCCGAUUAGAACUGUGAUGUACUCUUGCUUCUCGUUUAAAUCUGUGGUCUUUAGUAAAGACAUUGUUUUGUAUUCAAACUGUUUAAACAUUUUUCCUUGAUUUUAAUCUAAUGAACCAAAUGCUGUACAAAGAAGCCUUGGUAGAUCACUUGCCUUCCAAACAGAUGGCCAGAAUUGACUUACUAGAUUACCCUCCCAUCAGUAGUAUAUGCCUGGCCUAGUUAGGGGAGUGUUCUCAGUUCUUGGGCAGCAUGUGAAAGCAAGUUGCCCCCUCUUGGGAGUGAUAUAUGACUUCCAAGUGAUGUGUGACAUUUCUGAGAACAGCUAAACACAGGAUACUGCAACAAGCAGUAAAUUGGAGAUUAAAUUAGUGAUUUGAAAAAUGGGGUAGUUAAUGAAGUGGGCCGGCUUCCUUUUAUUUCAUGUUUGAUUGCAGUGUUGUUUAAAACUGUUUGCUUUUAAACUAUUUCUUCAACCUUGAUGUGUCCAGGAUCAGUUGGAAAACAAGCUUUAAAUGAUAAAAUGUGAAAUUGUUGGUUUAUUUUGUUUGUUUAAAAUUGUGCUGUUGAGAAGGUUGGCUGGAAUGGAGAGCCUGUUAUGCCUGAACACUACACAAUAAAAUUUUUAUAUUGUUAUUGGUGAAA